AUGGCUGUACUCGUUAGCCCAGGCAACACCGCCCUUCUGGAGAUUACUUCUGUGGUUGGAAGUGACGCUUGGCUGCCCUGCAACGUCACGCCAACGGCUGGCAAGGAGCGUCCUGUAGCGCUCGUGCUGUGGUACAAGGACAACGCUUCGACGCCCGUCUACACGGUGGACGCCCGGUGGGGAAGCCUGCUGCAGGGGGCGCGGCACUUUCCUGGAGAGGAGGAGUUGGCCGACCGUCUCAGCUUCGACGGAGCCCACCAGCCGGCGUUGCUUCGAGUGUCACACGUGGAGCCCGAGGAUGCCGGCAUGUACCGCUGCCGUGUGGACUAUCGCCAGGCUCGCACCGCGGUCACACUGUCCCUGCUGCAUGUCAUAGUGCCUCCGCGAGCCGUAAUAGUGUUGGACGAGCACGGACAGAGGCAGGUGGACGUGCUGGGACCAUACAACGAAGGAGCGACUGUGAUGCUCGUCUGCGAAGUGGAAGGCGGUGAUCCUCCACCCGAAGCGCUUUGGUUCCGGGAUGGGGAGCUUGUGGAUACCAGUUUUUCGGUGCUGCGACCCCAGGGUGUGGUUCGCAACGAGCUGCGGCUGGGUCCACUACGACGCCGAGACCUCCUCGCCGAAGUUGUGUGCAGUGCGUCCAACACAAACCUCACGGAACCACUGACGAGCAGCCUCAGGCUUGACUUGAACCUAAAGCCGACCGAGGUGAAGGUGACACUGCCAGCGCUGUCCCUCUCCAAGUCCGGUGACUUCACCCUUGUGGCCGACGAAGUGGCCGAGGCACAGUGUCUCGCCGUGGGAGCGCGGCCGCUGGCACAGGUCGCGUGGUUCAAAGGUGGCCACCGUUUGCUGCACGACCGGCUGGUGUCGCAGGACGCCGGCUCGACGCUGAGCGCCAUCAGCUUCGUGGUGCGCCCCGAGGACCACGGUGCCGUGCUGACGUGCCGCGCCGACAAUCCGAGCCUGCCCGGCAGUGAGAUCAGCGACUCACUGAUGCUCGACGUCCAGUAUCCGCCAAGGAUGUCGCUCACAGCCUCCGACCGAAGACCACGGGAGGGUGACAACGUCACCAUGCGCUGUGACUGGAGCGCCAACCCCGCUGUAACCGCCAUCUGGUGGCGUCACGAUGGCCGCCUGUUGGAGUGGCGUGAUGAGUUUGUCGACCUGGUGAAUGUGACGAGGGCGCAGUCUGGACUGUACGAGUGUCUGGCCUCGAAUCGUCUGGGUGAAGGAUACAGCAACCAAAUUCGCCUUUCCGUGCUGUUUGCUCCCGAGUGCGCCGAGAGUCAGAAGGAAGAGUACGCGGCGUCUCCCGAGCUCCGCGUCGCAUGCGAGGUACGCGCCAACCCGAGCGAUGAGCUGCACUUCGAGUGGCUGGCCAACACCACCAAGCGCACAGGGCGCAUCAACAGCCUAGCGGUGAAUGGAACCCGCGCCCUGGCUCGGGCCGUCACCAGCAGGGAGCUCGAGUACGGCCUGCUCCUCUGCUGGGCUUCGAACAGCGUCGGAAAGCAGCGAGAACCUUGCGUCUUCCGCAUCGUGCCUCCCGCGCCGCCUGGCGAUCCUAAAAACUGCACCGUUGCCAGGAAAAGCCAUGACAGCGUUGUGGUCAGGUGUCAUUCUGGCCAUACGGGGGGUUUGCCGGUCACCUUCUUCGCCGAGCUUCUCUCCGCGAGAUCACCGUCGCCCUCUCUGCUGCUGCCGCUGACCAAUGCGACUGCUGCCCGGUGGCCAGAGUUCGAAUUCGCUGGACUACAGCCGGGAAGGGUGUAUCUCGUGCGCGUCUACGCGGCAAACUCUCACGGCCGUAGUGGCGUCAUGGAGGUUCGAUUCUCGGCAGGCCGACGACUGCUGAUCGAUUCCGAGCCCGCGGCAAGCGCUGAUGGCAACGCAACCAGCCUGCCAGGCCACGUUUUAGGCUUCCUCGGAACAGUGGUUGUAGCGCUUGCCUGCGCCAUAAUCUGCCUCACCUUUGCAAAGUACCGAAAGCACAGGCGAAAGCGUAAAGGUAUGAAAGAGACCAUCCAGCUUCAAAAGUAA